AAGAGGCUGACAGCGGCAGGCGCUCAGUGCGACCUCCCAUCUUGUUACUGUUACACAUUGACGAGGUUUUACCGUUAUUUGUCCGGUUUCGGUUAGAAACUAGUAGAAAACGUGUUUCUAUCGUAACUGGACGAAUAACCAGAAAUUAUCCCUCUCCACGUGCAGUGUAGGAAAACAAGUAUACGCCUGUGCUGCCUUUAUAUUUCAGCAAUGAACGGAGGAAAAUUAAAAUAGAUACUACGCUUUUUUGCUCUCUGCUGACAACUGGCUGGCUCAAGGAUGGCAGGAAAUCCGGACGAUAAACAAGAUGAAGAGGGCCUCAAGGACCCAAUGGUUUGUUUCCACAGCUUCUUGCACGGUGGGACCUCCAGUUUGCUAUCCACCUUCAUCGUCUUCCCUGUCUACAAAGUUGUUUUCCGUCAACAAAUCCACAACACCCCAGUUUAUCAGGCAGUGGGACAGCUCUACAAAGAGGGACCUGCAAAGCUCUACAGGGGCGUGGCCCCACCAUUACUGAUGAAGACCCUGAAUGGCACGCUGCUCUUUGGCCUCCAGGACACCCUCCUCCGCCAGCUUUCCCUGUCAUCGCAAAAUGUCACCUCCACCUCUGCCCUUCCUGCUCUGGCUGGUUUUGGUGCAGGUAUGGUAGAAGCUGUGGUUUUUACCCCUUUUGAGCGUGUCCAGAAUGUGUUGCAAAAUGGCCAAAAUGACCGCCAUCUACCCACCUUGAAGAGUGUUCUUGUCAGGCUGAAGGCACAGAGGCUGGCCUUGGGCUACUACAGAGCCUUGCUUCCCAUCACAGCUCGAAACGCUCUUGGCAGCUCCCUCUAUUUUGGCCUGAAGGGGCCGGUGUGUGCUGCCAUGGAGGGACAGGCGCUCUAUCCAAUGGUUUCCUCCUUCAUCUCAGGGACGCUGACCUCCAUGGCAACCAGCUUGACUCUUUACCCACUGAAUGUGCUUGUGGCAAACAUGCAGGCAGAGGUGGGAGGGGAGGUGAAAGGGGUCAUGGCUUGUUGGAGGAUGCUCUGGGAAUCUCGGCAGCGUAGUGUAGCUCUGCUGUACAGAGGAGGUUCUCUGGUUAUUUUGAGAUCAUGCAUUACAUGGGGAAUCACCACUGCUAUCUAUGACAGGCAGCAGAAACGUUCAGGCUGAUGAGAUAUCAUCGGGCGCCCGGAUAGCUCAGUUGGUAGAGCGGGCACCCAUAUGUAGAGGUUUACUCCUCAAAGCAGUGGGCUGGGGUUCGACUCUGACC